UCUGGGUCACUUCACCGGUACGCUGUGCUUCCCGCAGGUCACAGUGAAGCUGAUUGGCUCAGAAGCAGAGAGUAACGUACACACUCUCACAGACCCAGAGAAGCCAGUGUUUGAGAGAGGAUCUGUUGAUUAUUUCGUGCUGACCACACCCUUCCCACUGGGUGAAGUGCAGACCAUCAGGCUGCAGCACGACAACUCUGGAGGUCAUCCAUCGUGGUACAUAAACAAAAUGACUGUACAGGACCUCCAAACGCGACACAUGUGGCACUUCUUUUGUGAAUGCUGGCUGAGUUCUGAGCGCGGAGACGGCAUGACCAAAAAAACCUUCAAUGCUGCAAAAGUCAACGAGGUUGCCAGCUUCAGGAACAUUUUCCAGACCAGGACAUCGACUGGUUUUAGAGACGAACACAUCUGGGUGUCCAUCGUGGAUCCUCCCUCACGCAGCCCGUUCACACGUGCCCAGAGGGUUUCUUGCUGCAUGUGCCUUCUGCUCUGUACCAUGGCCAUCAACAUCGCCUUCUGGAACAUCCCUGUGGAUCCAAACUCAACAGUACUCUUUUCAAUUGGUUCAAUAAAGAUGACCUGGCAGGACCUCAUGGUGGGCGUGCAGUGCGGUCUCCUCAUGUUCCCAAUCAACAUCCUCAUCAUCACAAUCUUUCGAAGCAUCAAACCUCGCAUAGUUCCAAAAUCUAAAAAAGCUGACCCUGAGGAGAACGUGAAACCCCCCAUACUCAACAUACCGACUGUGCUGAGGGUGCGUUACAUGUUUAUAUUUGUCAGAUGA